AUGAAGGAAAAUGUGAAGCUCUCCUACACAAUAACAUAUUUUAAGCUGUGCCGCUUUACCACUCCUGUCCCACACCUCGCUGUCUACACUGGAAUCCCUGACCCACCUUCUGUCACCGCCUCCCCCUCCCUCCCGUUCCUCGCGCACACCCCGGUCUGUCCGUCCCCAAUCAGCGUGGCCUUAGACAGCACCUCGGCUUCCGAGCGGCGGCCGGAGGCCAGCGAGGGUGAGGGCAACACUGACGUUCGGGCCCCUGAGGGGAGAAACUCCUCCAAGUCUCGAAUGGCUCUGUCGCUGCGCCGACUGCUGAAGAGAGGCUGCAGCCCCUCCGCCAUGUUCGCCAGCCUGUCGCCCAAGUGCCGCACGGCGGCCGCAAGCAGCCGCAUUCAGCCAAUCACACCAGACGAGCCCAGCCAGGCUCCACCCAGAAGGAUCGGCAACUUCUUCCAGAUCAAAGUAGACGUUCCUCCCGAGUGCCGGAUCUACCCCAUUGAGUCUGAGGAUGAGGAUGAGGAGAACAGGCCUGCAUCUCAGGAUGCCAUGGGAACAGAGGAGAUCAUCUGCCCCUGGGAGAGUCUUACUCGACAGAACGGGACAGGCUAAUUGGCUGGAUUUAUACAGGUGUAAUGUCACAGGACUUUUAGGGUGGAAUAUGUGACACAAAUACCAAACAACAUCAAGACCUGCAAGAAUCUCUCAGGCUGGGACACCAAAUGACAAGAACCUUCAGCAUGUGACCGCCUGCUGCUUUGAAAGGUUGUUGCAGAGAUCUUCCAUUGCUUACUCUGUUUUCUGUCAAACACCAUGAAAGAAGUAGCUGCUGAACAAAAAUGCUGGUGUUAUCAGUCUGAAAUAUAAAUUUUUGGAAGAGACAUUUUGUAGGGAGGCUGCAGAAGUGGGGGUGGUCAAGAUCAGACCACCAAGAACACUGUCCAUAAUCUGAACAUUAAGACCAAACCGUUUUCCAGACGCAACCAGGUCUGUCUCUUGUCCCCAAUCCUAUUUUUGAUGUUCAUGGAUUGGAUGCGUGACUUAGUCUCAUCUUUGCUUGUUCAAGCUAGGACCUCCAAGUCAAGAGACAGCUCCCGUAUCUCUAAUCCAUGGGUCUCAGAAGGAAAUUAUGGAUGAAUUUUCCGGGCAGAGUCUAUCUGUUCCUUUAGAGGCAGAUGGGAGUGUUACUCUUGUCUGUUGUGGUAAGAGAAAAAAAAAUCUUCUUUUAUUUAAUAAUCGAUUUACAUUCCAACCUAAAAUAAAAUUAAAAAAAAAAGGUAAGAAGGUUUGUCUUUAGGGAGGAGAUUAGAGCAGACUUGCAGCUGUUGAAGAGGUUUGCCUAUCUGAUUAUGAUUCUACCAGGAGACCUCCCCCUGCCAACAUGUCAGCCAUGUCCCACUGGGAGGAGACACCAGAAGACAAUGGAUGGAUGCAUUUUACCUUUCAACAAAAGCAGAGCUAAGCAGCUCACAUGGUUUAGGUCCAUAAGAUGUAAAAAGUCAAAGUGUUCCUUUAGUUACAGCCUUACCAAUAAGGACUGAUGUGAGCCCCAGCUGAGCUCAGGCCAGAGGAUGGUUUUAACAAGAGUCACCCCACCUGGGGACAGCAAAGUUUACCAAAGUUCGAGCGCUUUCACAGCUUGAACUUUAGCUUUCAUGCUGGAACUUUACUCUGUAGCUCAUGAUGACCUGAAGCCCAACAGCAGCCUUAAACCACAUCUCAGUUUGACCUGGGAACUUUCAAUAAAGUAAGACAAAGACAUUCAAGGGAUUAUCUUAAGAAUGGCUUGGACAAAGAAGUCAAAAGAAUAGAAUAGAAAGAUAGACAUACAUUUACUGACAUUGUAGUGGCUGUAAAAGGACAUUAAUUCAACAAUGAACUUAGUCUGAAACCCUCGGCGGAGAAUAACCAAAGCAGACAGAGACCUGUAGACCCUGCUUCCACAUGCUUGUUCAGAACAUUAGUUCUGUAUACUUACUAAGAUGUUUUCUUGUACUGCAAGAUAGAUUUAGAAGCGUCUGUUUAUUAAAUGAUCUAUUUUGUGGGAAAAAACAAACAAACAAACAAACAAACAAAAAAAAAAAACGAGCCAGUUUGGGGUAAAGUGGGAGCACAUGAACAGCUUGUCUACAUACAGUCAUUGUAUGAAAAGGUACAUCCUUUUAAUCACAGGGUUAUAAAUAAUCUGAUAAUUCUGUUAUGAAUUUUCUGGAAUGUUGAGGAUCAUUUUGGCUUUUGAUGAGGCUUACAGUUUCUGAUAUGGAGCUCUUGGGUUUUGGGCUCUUCUGGGUUUGAUCAGCAGCUAUCUUAAAAGUUUUUUUUCCCCACUUGGGUGUAAUAUCUCUGUUUAUAGAAUGAUGGACUUUUAAUGGUUGGAAAAGGCUUUAUGGUCCUUCCCAGACUGAUGGACAGUCACUACAGAUAUUUUUCUGCCUUGGCAUCUGUAUUGCAGAAACGUCUGCAACACAGAUUACAAUUUUACAAUUGUUACAGUUUUGUAACAAUUGUCAUGGUAAUCAUUAGAUUUAAUUGCAUCUUGCUGACACUUUUUCUUUUCACCUCCAUGGACGAAGAAAAGGCGUGCUUAGUUUUUCAAACACUGAUUUCAUUAUUGGAUGUAUUUAUUUCAUAAAUGACAAUGCUAAAUCUGGUGUGUCUUCUUAUAACCCUAGAUUUAAAGAGGGUGUUCUUUCUUUUUACCAAGGAGGACACAGGUUGUAAUUUUAUAUUUGGCUCCACUGCUAUUUUGUACCCUCUGUGUAGCUGUUGUGUACCAAACACCAAACAGAACGAGAUGUUUUAUGGUCUCUUCUUUUGGGGAGGGACAGCAGAACAUGAUCUAACUAACUGAAUGUAUUUUCUUUAUCAUGUUUACAGAUGCAAGAAUGUGAAAAGUACCUUGAAUUUGUUGUAUUUGAUAUGUACAUUCCAUGGCUAGUGUCAAGUGCCUCAAUAAAAAAGUGUCUUUUUAACUGUU